AUGGCGCUGCGGCGCCUCCUGCUGCUGCUACUGCUCCUGCUCUCGCUGGAGUCCCUGGACCUGCUGCCCGGCGGCGCCCACGCCGCCCGCGGCCGCGCAGCCAACCGGACCCUGAGCGCCGGUGCCUCUGCCGUCGGGGGCCGGCGGCCCGGGGGCGCCCUGGCCCGGGGCGGCCGCGAGCUGAAUGGCACCGCCCGGGCGUCCGGUGGUGUCCCGGAGGCGGGGAGCCGGCGGGGGCAGCCCGCGGCGGCAGUGGCAGCGGCGGCAGCGGCCAGCGCGACCGUCACCUACGAGACAUGCUGGGGCUACUACGAUGUGAGCGGCCAGUACGACAAGGAGUUCGAGUGUAACAACAGCGAGAGCGGCUACCUGUACUGCUGCGGCACCUGCUACUACCGCUUCUGCUGCAAGAAGCGCCACGAGAAGCUGGACCAGCGCCAGUGCACCAACUACCAGAGCCCCGUGUGGGUGCAGACGCCCAGCACCAAGGUGGUUUCCCCGGAGCCCGAGAACAAGUACGACCCGGAGAAGGACAAGACCAACUUCACCGUCUACAUCACCUGCGGGGUCAUCGCCUUCGUCGUCGUGGCGGGGGUCUUCGCCAAGAUCUCCUACGACAAGGCCCACCGCCCUCCGCGGGAGAUGAACAUCCACAGGGCUCUGGCUGACAUCUUAAGACAACAGGGACCAAUCCCCAUAGCACACUGUGAAAGAGAAGCGAUCUCGGCUAUUGAUACCUCUCCCAAAGAGAACACGCCGGUCCGAUCAUCCUCCAAAAACCACUACACCCCCGUGCGCACAGCCAAGCAGACUCCAGGGCAUUAUGGGAAGGAUGCUUACCGAAGUGGAGGACCAGAUCUCCAUAACUUCAUCUCAUCUGGAUUUGUCACAUUAGGAAGAGGACACACGAAGGGUGACCAUCAGUAUAAUCAUCCGAUUUUAAGCAGUGCUACCCAGACCCCUACACAUGAGAAACCGAGAAAAAACAACAUUCUGACGUCGGCCACCGAGCCCUAUGACCUCUCCUUCUCACGCUCCUUCCAGAACCUGGCUCAUCUACCCCCAUCCUAUGAGUCUGCAGUGAAGACUAACCCUAGCAAGUACUCAUCUCUGAAGAGACUAACCGACAAGGAGGCUGAUGAGUAUUACAUGAGGCGGAGGCACCUGCCAGACCUGGCUGCCCGUGGCACCCUCCCACUCAAUGUCAUCCAGAUGUCGCAACAGAAGCCGCUGCCACGGGAACGACCCCGCCGGCCAAUCAGGGCCAUGUCGCAGGACAGGGUCCUGUCCCCACAGCGGGGCCUGUCAGAUGAGUUCGGCAUGCCCUACGACCGCAUCCUGUCUGAUGAGCAGCUGCUCUCCACAGAGCGCCUGCACUCCCAGGACCCGCUGCUGUCCCCAGAGCGGACGGCCUUCCCCGAGCAGUCCCUGUCGCGGGCCAUCUCCCACACGGACGUCUUUGUGUCCACGCCCGUGCUGGACCGCUACCGCAUGACCAAGAUGCACUCCCAUCCCAGUGCCUCCAAUAACUCCUACGCCACCCUGGGCCAGAGCCAGACAGCAGCCAAGCGCCACGCCUUCGCCUCGCGCAGACACAACACAGUGGAGCAGCUGCACUAUAUCCCUGGCCACCACACCUGCUACACGGCCAGCAAGACGGAAGUGACCGUGUGACUGAUGCUGCAGGGCCAGGGCCACUGGGCAGGAUGGGGCAGGCUGAGGGUCGAGAACCUCUCCUUCUGCCCUUCUAUUAAAAGUGGGUGUGGGACAGCUUUGUCCAGAAAGUCAUACCUCUCCAGAGACACUGCCCUGAUGGCCUGGCCUCGCACCUGGAGUGAUUAUGCUCCCUCUUCUCGUAGAGUUAGUGGCGGGUGAGCAGGGCAAGCCGCCAAGUCUCACCCAGUUCCCCCACCCCAUCCCCAAUCUUGACCAACUCCCUUCAGUCUCACGCUCCCUCCUACCCCUCCUGGGGACUCAGCUGCAGGUUCUGUCAACCAAGAGACCCUUGUCUGACCCGGGGCCCACAGCUGCCUGGGUCUGCAGUGGCCAGCAGGUACAGUCAGUGGCUGACUGAAGAGACUCUGUCUCAUUCCUUUACCUAGAACCGCAUCACAGAAAUCUUCUAGUGCCUAAAAACUGCC